UACAACAUCAGCGUGCAGCACAGAAGCGCGUGCACAGACACACAGGAGCAGGCCCCAUGAACGCGCACGGCCGAAGCUGCUGUUGCUAUGAUGCAAUGGCGACUGCGCCGUGGGAAGCGAGCGAUGAGUUGAAUGAGUUCCCUCCACAGUUAAAGUGAAGCAGCCGCCGUCAUUCAGGACACAGUCAGUGCCGUGGGACAGACAGCAGGCACGGAGACAGUGGCAGGGGCCUGCCCUACCACAUUUCAUGGACACACACAGCCAGGUGUGUCUGCUAGCCUCGGAGCUAGCCGUGUCAUGACGGUUGGAGAGAUUUCUCACACAUCUGUACGCCGUUGCAGCGAGAAGCACCAACACCCUAUUUGGCCCCCCUUAGCCGAAGCGAAGUGAGGAGGGGUUGUUAUCUUUUAUUUUUUCGUGUUUGGUUGUAUUGUCCUUCUUACCGACAACCCAGUGGACCCAUUUGCGCUUUUUACUGGAUCGCAAUGGCUGAGAGAACCUCAACCGGGUUGCUAACGAUGAUGUUGGAGCCCACGCCGGCUGUCGCUAUGACUCUGCCGGCGGAGGUCCGGGAGAAGCUGGCGGAGCUGGAGCUGGAGCUCUCCGAGGGGGACAUCACUCAGAAGGGCUAUGAGAAGAAAAGAGGCAAGCUGUUGGCACCGUACAUCCCACAGAUACAAGGUGUAGAUCCUUCUUUGCAAAUUGACAACCGGAUCCAGGCCUCCUCCCAAGUUGCACUCCCAGGUUCCAAACACAACAAGUCUCGGGCUGCCAACACCAGGGAUGAACGCUUCAGAUCUGAUCUGCACACAGAAGCCGUCCAAGCAGCUUUGGCAAAGUACAAAGAGAGGAAGAUGCCCAUGCCCUCCAAGAGACGAUCUGUGCUAGUUCAAUCCUCUGUUGAGGCAUGCACCCCACCAGACACCUCCUCAGCGUCGGAAGACGAGGGCUCGCUGCGCCGGCAGGGACGUCUGGCCACCUCCACGCCCUACCAGGGCCACGGCCACCCAGCCGUUGAGCACUGGUUUAACCGUGUCAUCCAGGGUUCGUCCACCUCAUCCUCCGCGUCAUCCACCUCAUCCCACCCGGGAGGGAGAUCUGUCACCACCACCAACAGCACUGCCCACGCGGCCCUCAACGCCAACGCCGCAGCUACUGCACUGGCCGACCUUAUGGCACACACCCACCUAGAUAACCACACAGCUCCCCCCGACGUGACGGGGCUGUCGGAGCGCUCCUUGCUUCAUGCAGAGCGGCCCCAGGUGGCCUCGGUGCGAGGCGUCUCCCGUGGCCACAACCACCACACCAGCGUCAUGGAGACUGCAGAUGGCAAUGAGUGGAGAGGUGAAGGAUCCCUCAAUUUAAUGGAUGGUGUUCCAGUAAACAGUCGCGUCUCCUCCAAAAUCCAGCAGCUGCUCAACACUCUGAAAAGACCAAAGCGGCCGCCAUUGCGAGAGUUCUUUGUUGACGACUUUGAGGAGCUAUUGGAUGUCCAGCAGCCAGAUCCCAACCAGCCAAAGCCAGAAGGCCAGCAGAUGAGCCCCCUGGAAGGAGAGCCUCUCGGCGUGGUGACCAACUGGCCUCCCUCUUUGCCAGCAGCCUUGCAACGGUGGGGCACCACGCACCCUAAAAGCCCCUGUCUGACGGCACUUGACAAUGCUGGCAAACCCGUCUACACACUCACCUACGGUAAACUAUGGACCCGCAGUCAGAAACUGGCCUACACUCUUCUUAACAAGCUGAGCACCAGAAAUGAGCCUUUGCUUAUGCCUGGAGAUAGAGUUGCACUUGUGUUCCCCAACAAUGACCCAGUGAUGUUCAUGGUGGCCUUCUACGGCUGUCUCCUGGCAGAGCUGGUGCCUGUGCCUAUUGAAGUGCCACUGACCAGAAAGGAUGCAGGAAGUCAACAGAUUGGUUUUCUGUUGGGCAGCUGUGGCGUCACGUUGGCACUGACCACUGAUGCUUGUCAGAAAGGCCUGCCCAAAGCACAAACGGGGGAGGUAGCCACUUUCAAAGGCUGGCCACGGUUGCUGUGGUUUGUGACAGAUGGAAAACAUGUUGUGAAGCCUCCUAAAGACUGGCAUCCUCCAAUACGGGAAGCCAGUAAUGACAUAGCCUACAUAGAAUAUAAAACCAGCAAGGAGGGAAGCACCAUGGGGAUCACAGUGUCCCAUUCAGCCAUGCUGGCUCACUGUCACGCCCUCACACAAGCCUGCGGCUACGCUGAGGCCGAGACCAUCACCAAUGUCCUGGACUUCAAGAGAGAAGCAGGAUUAUGGCAUGGUGUUCUCACUAGCGUCAUGAAUCGGAUGCACGUGAUCAGCAUUCCUUACUCCUUGAUGAAAGUCAACCCCCUCUCCUGGAUACAGAAGGUUCACACAUACAAAGCGCGGGUAGCAGUGGUGAAGUCGAGGGACAUGCACUGGUCUCUGCUGGCCCAAAGAGACCAGAGAGACAUCAGCCUGAGCUCACUGCGCAUGCUGAUCGUAGCUGAUGGAGCCAACCCAUGGUCGAUAUCCUCCUGCGAUGCCUUCCUCAACGUGUUCCAGGCACGUGGGUUGCGACCUGAGGUGAUCUGUCCAUGUGCCAGCUCCUCAGAAGCCAUGACUGUCGCCAUCCGCAGACCUCCAGAAAUGGGCGUUCCUCCUCCAGGGAAGGCUGUGCUAUCUAUGGGUGGGCUGAGCCAUAGUGUGAUCCGUGUGGACACAGAGGAGAAACUCUCUGUCCUCACAGUGCAGGAUGUGGGACAGGUCAUGCCUGGAGCUGUGGUUUGUGUGGUGCGAGUGGAGGGGACACCCUAUCUCUGUCAGACAGACGAGGUUGGAGAGAUCUGCGUGAGCUCAGGUUGCACUGGUGUAGCUUAUUAUGGCCUACCAGGCAUGACCAAGAACAUUUUUGAGACCAUCCCAGUAACAUCGUCUGGGCUUCCCAUCAGUGACAGACCCUUCAGCAGGACCUCACUGCUGGGCUUUGUGGGACCAGACAGCCUCGUGUUUGUGGUGGGGAAGAUGGAUGGGAUGAUGGUGGUCAGUGGGCGGAGACACAAUGCUGACGACGUGGUUGCCACAGCACUGGCAGUGGAGCCCAUGAAGUUUGUGUACAGGGGGAGGAUAGCUGUAUUUUCUGUGUCAGUGCUGCAUGAUGAGAGGAUUGUUGUUGUGGCAGAGCAGAGACCAGACGCCUCUGAGGAAGACAGCUUCCAGUGGAUGAGCCGUGUCCUUCAGGCCAUUGACAGCAUCCACCAGGUUGGGGUGUACUGCUUGGCUCUGGUGCCUGCCAACACGCUUCCCAAGGCUCCCCUGGGUGGCAUUCAUAUAUCUGAGACAAAACAGCGCUUCCUGGAGGGCGCCUUGCACCCCUGCAACGUCCUCAUGUGCCCUCACACGUGUGUCACGAAUCUACCCAAGCCGAGACAAAAACAGCCAGAGGUCGGACCUGCUUCUAUGAUAGUGGGCAACCUGGUGGCAGGCAAGAGGAUAGCACAGGCCUGUGGGAGAGAUGUGGCCCAACUAGAGGACAAUGACCAGGCACGUAAGUUCCUCUACAUACAGGAUGUGCUUCAGUGGAGAGCUCAGGCCACUCCGGACCAUCCACUGUUUCUUGUUCUCAAUGCUAAGGGCACGGUGGCUAGUACGGCUUCCUGUCUGCAGCUGCACAAGCGGGCAGAGCGGGUUGCUGCGGCACUUAUGGGACGCCUCAACACCGGAGACCAUGUAGCGCUCGUCUACCCACCAGGAAUCGACCUGAUUGCCACCUUUUAUGGCUGCCUGUAUGCUGGCUGUGUCCCAGUGACUGUCAGACCCCCGCACCCGCAGAACCUGGCCACCACCCUGCCCACCGUCAAGAUGAUUGUUGAGGUCAGUAAGUCGGUGUGUAUCCUGACCACUCAAGCAAUAAUGAAGCUGCUGAAAUCCAAAGAGGCUGCUGCUGCUGUGGACAUCAAGAGCUGGCCCAUGGUGCUGGACACAGAUGACCUCCCCAGGAAGAAGAGUCCCCAGAUGUAUAAGCCUCCGACCCCUGAGAUGUUGGCUUACCUGGACUUCAGUGUGUCCACAACAGGCAUCCUAGCAGGGGUCAAAAUGUCUCACGCUGCCACUAGUGCCUUGUGUCGCUCCAUCAAACUGCAGUGUGAGCUCUACCCUUCUCGGCAGAUCGCCAUCUGUCUGGACCCCUACUGUGGCCUGGGCUUCGCUCUCUGGUGCCUGUGCAGUGUGUACUCGGGCCAUCAGUCGAUCCUCGUUCCCCCUCUGGAGCUGGAGAGCAAUGCGUCUCUGUGGCUGGCGGCGGUCAGCCAAUACAAAGUGCGCGUUACCUUCUGCUCUUACUCAGUCAUGGAGAUGUGCACCAAGGGCCUGGGUUCACAGACAGAAGCACUGCGGUUGCGAAAUGUGAACCUGUCUUGUGUGCGUACGUGCAUGGUGGUAGCAGAGGAGAGGCCUCGCAUAUCACUAACUCAGUCCUUCUCAAAGAUUUUCAAGGACUUGGGGCUUUCACCACGUGCCGUCAGCACCACCUUCGGCUGCAGGGUUAAUGUGGCGAUCUGUUUGCAGGGCACAGCCGGACCAGACCCCACCACCGUUUACGUGGACAUGAGAGCUCUACGACAUGAUCGGGUUCGCCUGGUAGAGAGGGGGUCUCCACACAGCUUGCCACUGAUGGAGUCAGGAAAGAUCCUUCCAGGAGUGAAGGUGAUUAUUGCCAACACAGAGACUAAAGGACCCUUGGGAGACUCCCAUCUAGGAGAGAUCUGGGUGAGCAGUCCUCACAAUGCCACGGGCUACUACACUGUUUAUGGAGAGGAGGCGCUGCAUGCUGACCACUUCAACACCAAGCUCAGCUUUGGCGACACUCAGACUGUCUGGGCAAGGACGGGCUAUCUGGGCUUCUUGCGGCGCACUGAGCUGACUGAUGCCAGUGGAGAGCGCCAUGACGCCCUUUAUGUGGUGGGCUCUCUUGAUGAGACUCUGGAGCUGAGGGGAAUGAGGUAUCACCCAAUUGACAUCGAGACCUCUGUCAUCCGUUCUCACAAGAGUAUAGCUGAAUGUGCGGUGUUCACUUGGACCAACCUGCUGGUGGUGGUGGUGGAGCUUGAGGGAUCAGAGCAGGAGGCCCUGGACCUGGUGGCCCUGGUCACCAAUGUUGUCCUGGAGGAGCACUACCUCAUUGUAGGUGUGGUGGUGGUGGUUGACCCCGGCGUCAUCCCUAUCAACUCCCGAGGGGAGAAGCAGCGCAUGCACCUGAGAGAUGGAUUCCUGGCAGACCAACUGGACCCCAUAUACGUGGCUUACAACAUGUGAGGACCCAGCUACAGGAGGUUCACCCCUCCAUGUGGCUUAUCAAGCAGCAGGACAGUAGAUACGAAGCUCAGAGCCAGAGUCAAGAGAGCGAGCUGCCCGCUUCUUGCAGCUCAAUGAGACGUGAAAACUGCAAAACUUCUCAGCAAAAUGGAGAUAUGAUUGACAUAAACCUCAUGUCUGUUUCUCCCUGUGAUUUCCUGCCUCAACAAAUAAUCUUUUUAAGAGCGUUUUGGUUUUGUUGGAGUGAGUUUUGUAUGUAUGACAGAAGAUUUGACUCCUUAAAACCAGGACACCCCAUAGCAGUACAGAAGGUAGUUAAAAUAUAAUACUACACUGUGUAAUUAACAUGAUUUUCUUUGUCAAUCUCCAAAAUUAUGAAUGUUAGUUGUGUUUGCCAGUACCCAAACCCUGACUUGUGUUCACAGAGCCUCCUGGGGGCAUUAGAGAUCGUAUGCUUUUCAUAAAGUUUAUCCCACAAAGAUUGUUGUUACAUCAGUGGGAACAACUCGGCUGCACCCGAAAGGUGAACCCUGAUUUUUUUUUUUUUUUUGUGUUCCAGCUCAGUUUAGAUCAUGUUAUUGCUUUAACAAAAGAGGACUCAGCAGUGGCGUUGGAGGGAGGGGCGGCAGUCUGUCAUUUGUUGCUCAUUCCAGCACUAGUGCUUCAGUUUGUAGUGUCAGUAACAAAACGCUUAUAAACAAUGUUGUGGUUCGACUCAAUCUUGUUCUUUUCUAAAUCUAAAAAUGUGUAAUAUACUGUAGUUAUUUUAUCUGAACAAAAUGCAAUAUGAGUGACGUGGACGAUGUUGCUUUGAAUGACUGCAGACAGUAAGUGCCGAUCAUUCAAAGUCAUGAGAUGGCGAGGAAUAUAAUCGUUGCUUACCGUAAGCAAUGUGCCAAAUGAUAUGAAUUAAGCCUUAAGUGUUUUUUCAGACGCCUGUUCCUAUCCUAGCUCCUGUUUAACUUAAUUUUGUGAAGUUUAUCAGCUGUUGGAUAGGGAGGGAAUAUGCAGAAGGAGGUUAGGCCUGAUAUAAAUCCUGCUCUUAUUGCACCCAAAGUCUUUCAUCUUUUUAGCAAACAUGAAUAUACUUGAUCCUAACAUCAGCCAUUACAAACACACAUUUACUCCAUAAAUGUUUUUAAUAUUGUCUGUCCCCAAUGUUAAUUGUGUUGAAUGUGUGUUUUAUAGCAAAAGACUGGAAACAAUAGUAGUCGCUGUGGGUUUGAUGCAGAAUGUCUUAGCCUCAUUUUGAGUGCCAUAAGGUUGAAUGAGAGUAGAGCUGCAUGUACUGUAUGAGGCAAGUGUCUAAUAUGCUCAUAACACCACAACCUCCCAUCUUAUCACAUUGACUUUGUAAAGAUUCACUUCACUGUAUGUUGCUUCUUUUUUUCUAUGUGCAUAUCCCUUCAGAAACAGGCCUCCAGCCUGCUGUAAGUAUGUACAGGUUUUGUGUAAAUUAUUAAUAGAUGGAGGAGACGGCAGGAAGCAUAACACAAAGACUGAAUCUGGUAAAUAUGUGAACUUCUCCUUCACAGACAAAAAAUUUGAAAUGGAUUCUCAUGUGUGGACAUUGGGGAAAAAGACAUGAAAAGCCUUGUUAACAUUUUUUUAUAGUAUGAAUGAACAGUGGGAACAGGCCAGAGUGAGAAAAGCACACUCCGAGCACAAGGAGAAGACGGUGACUGCUGAGAUGUCACAUCCUCCGGAGCAAACUUUUGUUGUUAACAUAUGGAAAGAUACAUUUGUCUGAUAUACGGUUAGUUGUCAUUAUUUUCAUAACAUGAUUUCUUAAUGAAUAAAAAAGUGCUUUUAACUGGAAA